AAAACAAAUGGGUGUGAAGAAAAAAAUGGUGGAUGGACAAAUGUGUAAUAUUUAUAUACUUAUUAAUUUGGGAAAUACUUAAUAGAAAAGAGUUCAAGUUCACGGCGACUGUAUCAUCUCUCUAACUCACCCUCUCGUUUCCGCCUCUUAUCUCACGGCCGUUGCCGGCGUUCAAUCGUCUCUCCUUCCCAGAAGUCUCCGAUCGUCUCUCCUUGUCAGAAGUCUCCGAUCGUCGCUCCUGUUCGGCUCUCCCUCACCGUUGCGUUGCGUUGUUGUGUUGCCAACGGCUACGAUAUACUUUGUUGUGUACAACUUAUUCUCAAGCACCAACGUUUACACGCCGUUGCCGUUGACUACUCUGCCACUGCCACCGUCUCCGUCCGCUUCUUGCGCCGUUGCUGCAGCGAAGAAGGAACUAUUCAUCACAACAACUGCAAAGAACCAACCAUCUUGUGGGUUUUGUUUGAGGUCCUUGGAAUUGUGGCUUCUUUUGUUGCUUCGGCUCUGGCAUCACGGGGACUUAUGCCCUCAACUCCAUGGACACACAAUAUUUCUCUACGCCUCCCUCUAAAGGAACUAAUUUAAAAUGUGGAAGCAUUUCAACACCAGGCUCAUCGCCUUUGCUUCCAUCCAUUACAAGGCUAUGGAGGCCAGCAGCACAAAGGAACAUUAGGAAUCAAUGGUCUAAGCUGGCUUCACUCAAACAACAAUGGGCUUCUUCUUCUUCAAGCGGGAGAUCUCAUGCUACCUCCAUUGUCAAUGCCUAUUUGUCUGAAAAGUAUAUGCCUUCUAUGGAGCUGGGUUCUCUCUGCGAUAUGAUUGAUAUACGAAACAAAGCUUGUUUGAAAUUGUCUAAGCAGCAGAAACUCUAUCGAAGUAAACUCCUAUCAUCGUACAAGGAAAUGGUUGAUGUUGUAGUUCAAAUGGUCAACGCUAGCAGACGUAUGAAGUGUUAUUUCAAGAGAUCAAGUAAUAGUGCACUCAUAGAAUUUUCUACUAGCUCUGAGGACAAUCACAAUGAAGAUGCUGGAGAUGGUGGUGGCAUCUCAGUGUUUACAUUAUUGACAAUCCCUUGCUUUGAGAAAUUGGCAGAGGAGCUUGUUCAUAUGUUUGAGUUGGAGCUAAAUCUGAAGCGGCUACUUUUGAUGGAACUACUUUCUCUUAGUUCUGAAUCCUCACCAAAAAGCUUGGUCUGGUCGGAAGAGCUUUACUUGGGGGAAUUCAACAACUUGCGUUCGUGCAACCUGUGCUCCAAGGAAACUGAUGAGUUGCUCCAUCCGACCUUGAAAGGUCAUCAAUCCAAUGCACCUAUUGUCAGUCGUAACCAACUCCCAAAUGCAGAAGUUUUGCAGGUUUAUCUUGUCACGUGGCUUGCAGAAGUAAACAUACACACAAAAAGAGUAGAUGAAAUAUUUGAACUAGUUAGUCAGGAGAUUCAUGUCAGCCUAUCCUAGGACAAUAUUAUAGGAAUGCUCUUCCUCAUGAUACUGAAGCUAUGGAGCUUUGUAAUUCUUCAUCGUGGAUUGAUCAGCAUUGGCGCCCCCAUACAGAAACAGAAGACGGUUUGUGAGAAUUCUGAAUCAAACUCUCAGCACAGAUUAUGGGAGAAUUGUUGUUUAUGGCAGGGAUCAACAAACAAUUUAUGCAUAAGUUGGUGCUCGUUUUUCUGGGCCAGUUUGGAAUUCGAUUUUUCAAGAUUUUUCACUUAAAAAACACUUUUUCAAGCACUUAAAAAGUUGUUCAAAACAGGCUCUUCUUAAGCAUUUAGUGAUAAUCCAGCUUAAAAUGUUAUUUGAUUAGUUAAGACUUUAGAAUGGCUAAUGAAAAGCUUUAUCAUCCAAUUGCUGGAAAA